GCUUCCGCGCCGGCCGCACGUACAAUAGUUGUCAGCCGACCUCUUUUGUAUCGAAGUCGAAGUGUCAGCUUGUUUACAUCGAAAAGCUAGAGCGAUGCAUAGUGCGUUAGUUAGCGCGAUUGUGUCAUCGACCGAGCGUCGGUUAUCGCUAAAUUGCGAGUGAUUCACGGACAAUGUUCGCGACUGUGGUUUUACUGAAACUUUUUGUGAACUUGUGAAUUUUUUAAAGAUCCAAAGUGCCGAUCUUAUUAGCCAAAUUGAACUGUGACAUUUUUCUACAUUUAGACUCAGUGUGCCAUUUUCGAGUGUCAAAGUGUAAUCUUCGAGGAGAUAAAACUUAUUGUUAGAAAUAAUUUUCGAGAAAAUAUACGGACUAGAUUUUUUCUUGGAAAAAUAUUAAAAAUCAUAAAAUAGAAAUAUAAAUAAAAAUAUCAUCGAAAUUAUCUCUACUUAGAAAAAAGUCGACCAUAAAAUUGACACAAAUAUAAACCAGUGGAAAAAAAAGGUUUAGAAAGAAAAAGAACGUCGCUAUCCAUAAAGAUAAAAAAGUCGAAGGGAGACGAAAUCCAAACGCGCGCGAGCAUUUAUGCAUACAAAACAAACCGCAAUCUGUCCACGCUUCUUCCGUAGAAAAAGGCGUUGUGAGAGACAAAGAUGGCUAUAGCGUUCAACUUGCCGAGCGAAAGAGAGGCGGCUGAGGAGAACUUUUCACGAUUGAACCGGCUCCUCGCUGAGUUGUACGAGGUUUUAUGCCACAUCUUGGUAUCACGACAACCUGGGCAAGAAGCCCAGGAGAAUCGGCGAGAACGUCCCUACUCCGAGUCAGACAUAGAAAGACAGCAGAUCUCAUCGCCUCAGCAGUGCCGUCGCUCAGCGUCCUCCCCUCCACUCGCCUUAACCUUCGACAGCGACGACUUGGAAGACGAUGUUUUCGCCCCACGAACUGACAAUGGAAAUGAUAGAUUCUCAACGACAAAUCUUGAGAUAUUUAAUUACGGACGAUCUCCAGCCGGCGUGCUCUUGAGUCCAAGACGCGAAAGAUCUUUCAAUUUUUCGGUAACCAGCGAAAAACAUUGGAGGGAUAAGGGUGGGACGGACGUGGUUGAUAACGUUAUUGACGCUGACGUGACUGAUGCUGCCACACCAAGGUUGACCGAAAAGGAGACUUCAUCAUCGGAGAGUUCAAUAUUUUCAAUUCUACCUGACAAGUUGUCAGGUUCAAUUUGCACGGCUGUCUUAUUCAUGCUUGGCUGGAAGCUCUUCAGUAACAAGCGAUGAAAAAUUAAAAAAAAAACGCUUGGUUUGUUAAAACAAGAACUCGUGCCAGAGUAUUUUGAUACAUUUUGUUAUGAGAUAUAUUCUAAAAUACGCCAUUUUUUAAAUUUUAUUUUUCUAUUUUAAAAAUGAAAAUCUUUUAUCUGAUCGAAAACGGAAUUCAAUUUCUUUUCAAAAUGAAAAUGAUUUUACACAAUUAGUUUUAAUUGUAGUUUUUGAUAUGUAAUAGCAAUAUAUUUAGUGUAUUUAAGAUUAUGCUGUACACAUUAUUGUAAAGUUACGCGUGUAUAUAAAUUUACCUUCACAGUUUUGUAGACUGAUUAUGGAAAUUAUAAAAUCGUUGAAUUAAAUGUUGAUGAAUUUCACAUUUAUUAUUUUAUAAAAAUAUGAAAACGAAAUGUUUUAUUUGAUUUUCGAAAAUGAAAAUGUAACAUUACAGUUUUAAUUUAAUUACGUGCCGUAAUUAUGUAACAUGCCUUUGAUACUUAUAAUAUAAUUGUAAUCGAUAAAAAGUUAUAUAAACUGUGUACAUAAAUAAAAUAAAUGAACUGAAAUAAUCUGCGCACAAAAUUAUAUUAAUCAAUUUUUAGAUCUUUAGAUGUACGUCAUUAAAUCGAAAAAAGAAGUCAAUUGACAGUCCGCUCUGAAUGUACAUAUAUUAUUGAAAAAUACCAUUUUAGUAUCUUGUUAAAUUAAAGUAGUUGUUUGUAGCUUAAAUCGUUUACACGAAAUAUUAUACAGAGGUUAAAACGUAAACAAAAAAAAUGAAUACGGACCAGAAGUUAGAGCGAAAAUAGACUUUCAAUCUAUCUGUAAAGAGUCUAUUUCACAAUAAAUUGUUCCAAAGAGAGCAGCCUAAAAUUGUCAUCGUUUGAUCUCAUUAUAUUUGUAAUAAAAUGUUUAUUUUUAUAAUAUUUUAGCUUAUAUGAUAAACCGAUUUUGAUGAAGGCUUAAUAGUAAAUUAUUUUUGUCAAUAUUGGUCUAAUUAAAUAACAAAUAUAAGUUUGCUUUAAGAUAACAUACAUUGACGUUUUAUACGAAAAUAUAUAUUAAAUUAAACAUGUAUAUUAUGUAUUUUAUAAUCGAAAUAUAAU